ACUCGGCGAGGCGCGCGAGGGUGAACGGCAGUGCCUGUGGCUGUUUGAGGCAGGCUGCUCUGUUUUUUUAUUUUAACCAUGGCGGAGCCCAGCAAAAAACAGCGAGUAAGUCAAGUUAACAGCAGCUCACAAACGUGUUCCGGCACCGCCAACACGAUUAAGGGCAGUCCGCGCGAUGGAAGUGGAGGAGACGGUCGUUUUGUGGAAGGAUCCAUACUUCGCAUCACUAUGAAAAACUUCCUGACCUAUGACUACUCUGUGGUGUGUCCUGGACCUAAUCUCAACAUGAUUGUUGGAGCCAAUGGAACUGGCAAGUCCAGCAUUGUUUGUGCCAUCUGUCUGGGUCUGGCUGGCAAGACCGCUAUCCUGGGCAGAGGCGACAAGGUUGGGCUUUAUGUCAAACGUGGGUGCCAUAAAGGUUUUAUUGAGAUUGAACUGUGCAAGAACGGUGGUAAUAUAGUGAUUAAUAGAGAAAUCCAUGUGGAGAACAAUCAGUCUCUGUGGAUGAUGAAUGGACGACACUGUAACCAGAAAUCAGUGGAAGAGGAGGUCAAGGCUCUGCGUAUCCAAGUCAGCAACCUCUGCCAGUUUCUGCCUCAGGAAAAAGUGGGAGAGUUUGCCAAAAUGUCCAAAAUUGAGUUGUUGGAGGCGACUGAGAAGUCAGUGGGGCCACCAGAGAUGUACGAGUACCACUGUGAGCUCAAAAACUUCCGCAACAAAGAACGAGAACUGGAGAAUGUCGUGAAAGAGAGGGCUAGCUUCCUGGAGAAGGCCAAGCAGAGGAACGAGAGGAACAAACACGAUGUGAACCGCUACUAUGAAAAGAAGAGGCAUCUGGAUGUGAUUGAAUUGCUUGAGAAGAAGAAACCGUGGGUGGAGUAUGAGACCACCCGUAAGGAACUCGAGGGUGUCAAGGGAGAGCGAGACGAGGCCAAAAAGCAGCUCGCCGCGCUGAAGCAGGCCCAGACGCCCAUGCUGAGGAAGAUCCAGCAGAUUGACAACCAGCUGAAGCCCACUGAGGCACAAAUAAAAGCCAAGACUACUGCGAUCAAAGAAGCCUCAAACAAGUGCAAACAGAAACAAGAUCAGUUGGAUCGAAAACACAAAGAGAUCGACGAUAUUAAACAAACACUGAGACUGAAGCAGAUGGAGGAGGAAGACCACCAGAAGCGAAUCAGCAACACCAGACGGACCAUUGAUGACUUGAAGGCAGAGCUCGCCAAAGUCGGCGAUCAACCAGAUGUGACACCGCGGAUCAAUGCCAUCAAUGUCGAGCUGAGAUGCAUCCAGGAGGAGAGAGCCAAGAUCGAAGGAGAGAAGGCCGACCUUCGCAGGGAGAAAGACAACCUCUUUGCUGAGUCCAGGAUGUUGGAGAGAAAGCUCAAUGACAUGAACAACAUGAUGAACGCUAAAGAGGAGAAGCUGCGAGGACGCCACAGGGACACACAUGUUGCUCUCCAGUGGCUCAGACAGAACAAACACCAGUUUGGUGGGAAUGUCCAUGAGCCUAUGAUGCUGGUGAUCAAUGUGAGAGAUCAUCACUUUGCCAAGUAUGUGGAAAACCACAUCUCAUUCCACGACCUGCGGGCGUUUGUCUUCCAGAGGAAAGACGACAUGGAGAAGUUCAUGAUUGAGGUCCGUGACAAGAUGAACUUGAAGGUGAACUCCAUUUCUGCUCCGGAGGAAUCGUGUUCUAAGCGGGAGCCGUCCCGAAAUAUUGAGUCCCUGAGGCGUUUUGGGUUCUUCACGUACCUACGUGAGAUGUUUGAUGCGCCUGAUGAGGUGAUGAGUUACCUCUGUCACCAGUACAAGGUACAUGACGUCCCUGUGGGCAAUGAACAAACCAAAGCCAUGAUUAAAACGGUGAUUGAGGAGCCCUACCUCAAGGUGUUAUACACGACAGAGGAGAGGUACUCAGUGAAGAGGUCCUUCUACUCCAACAAGAUUAGCACCAGUAACUCUGCGGUACACCCUUCCCAGUACCUCAUCAUCACUGUUGACGCUGAAGAGAAACGGCAGCUGGAGCAGCAGAUGAAGGCGUGUGAGCUGAAGUUACGAGACAUCGAUGAACGGAUGAAGGCUCUGCAGAAGGAAGCGGCCGCCCUGGAUCGCAGCGACAAUGAACUGUUGACAGAGAAGAAGCGUCUCUCGGAGCUAAAGGGCAAAAAGAGACAACUGGAGCAGAAAAUCAGCACCAAACAGGACAGUCUCAGGCAGAUGGAGCAGAGUGUUAUUGACCUAAAGAAGAUUGAAGAGGAGACAAAAGAGAAAAUAGCGUCUGUCAAUUCCCAGAAGGUGGCCAUAGUCUCAGCAUUCAUGGCUCAAAUGAAGCUGAGAGCCAAGCUGACAAUGGAGAAGGUGUACCUGGCCUUGGAGACGGUGGGGCUGACGGCGGAGAAGACCAAGCUGGAGAACGACUGUAGAGAAGGCGCCACUGAACUUAAGGCCACCGAUCAAAAAUUCAACCGUCUGGAGCAGAGGAAGAUCCAGCUGACAGAACACUGCAAAGGCCUGCUGAAGAGAGCAAAGUCCAUCUGCAGGAUGCAGCCUGACGAGUCAUUACCUGAAGACCUGCGUAACGCUUUCAGCAAGCUGCCCGACACACUGGACGAGAUUGAUGCCAUGCUGAACGAGGAGCGGUCCAGAGCCGAGUGCUUCACUGGCCUCAGUGAAAGUGUUGUGGAGGAGUACAACAGGAGAGAGCAGGAAAUCAAAAAUCUGGAGAAAGAGCUGGAAGAUAAGAGCAACGCCCUGAAUGCUUACCGGCAGAACAUAUCAGAGGCGAAGGAACGCUGGCUGAACCCUCUGAAGCAACUGGUGGAACAGAUAAAUGACAAGUUCAGCGACUUCUUUCGCUCCAUGCAGUGUGCAGGAGAGGUUGAUCUGCACGCAGAGAAUGAGGAGGAAUAUGACAAAUACGGGAUCCGUAUCCGGGUGAAGUUUCACAGCAGCACUCAGCUCCACGAGCUGACAGCGUACCAUCAGAGCGGAGGAGAGCGCAGCGUCUCCACAAUGCUUUACCUCAUGGCCCUGCAGGAGCUCAACCGCUGCCCCUUCAGAGUGGUGGAUGAGAUCAACCAGGGAAUGGAUCCUGUAAAUGAGAGAAGAGUCUUUGACAUUGUGGUCCGCACGGCCUGCAAAGAGACAACAUCCCAGUACUUCUUCAUAACACCCAAACUGCUGCAGAAUCUUCAGUACGCCGAGGAAAUGACCAUCCUGUGUGUCCAUAACGGCGCCCACAUGCUUCCCCCGAACCAGUGGGUUGAGAAGGCUUUCAUCAGACGCUGUCUCCAAAGAAAAGCCCAGGCAUGAAUCCACGAGGUCGACCUGACCUGAAGGCUUCACUUAGUUUCAAAAUAUACGACUGUAAAUCUGAAGGGGAUGUUACAUGAUAUGAUAAAAAAGUUUCUGUUAUUUCAGAGAGAAUAUUUUAUAUGAACCUUUUGAAGGGGAACGAUAUCAUUUUGCACUGUGGAUGAGUCAUAUACAGACCAACAAUGUCCUGUCACUUCUUGAGGAGUUUUCAAAUGGGUUGGACAUUUAUAAAACGCCUAUUAUGAAAAUAGAAAUAUGCACUGAGCAUAUUUGUUGUUCCCUCAUUUGCACAUUUGUCUGUUUAUGCAGCAACAUGUUAACUCUUUUAAUAAUACAAAAAAAGUACAACAGUUUCAUCUCUACCUUAAGGGGUUAAUAUGCACGUUUAUAUAUUUGAAUAAAAUAUUCUGCUGUU